UUCUCACCAAUAGCGGAGGGAAGACGACGGUCUCAGCGCAGGGCGCACCGACCCCGCACACUUUUCCCUCACCUCUCACAGCCAUGGAUGGGACGUGCCUGGGAAAAACCACCAUAAACAACUGCACCAACCAGCAGUACUGGGACAGCCUCCUGUGCGUGUGCAUCCCCUGCAGCCUCAUGUGCGGGCGCUCGGCUGUAUGGAGGUGCACAGCGCUGUGCGAGUCUGCAGUCUGUAACAGGAGAGCUGGCUUCUACUAUGACGAGCUGGUGAAAAAAUGCAUCAACUGCAGCACAGUUUGUGGGCAGCACCCCAAGCAGUGCGAUGCAGCAUGUGGAGGAUCUCUGCUCGCCAGCCACUCCCCGCCAGCCGCCCUGAUCUCAGCAUCACCUCCUGCAGCUGCACUGGAGCAGAAGCUCUGUGUGGAACAGGAGCCAUGGCUGGUGGUGUACCUACUGCUGGGGCUCUGCCUCUGCGCCCUCGUCUGCUCCCUGGUGCUGGGCUGGACACACCUGCGGAGGAAGGGGGAGGUGGGCUCCUGCCAGGCCAGCACAGGGACCUGCCACUGCCGGGAGGACCCCGCCAAAGAUCACCUGGUGGAAGCAGGCAGCGUCGGUGAGGGAUCCACGGGCAGCAAAGUCUCAGAGCCGGUGGAAACCUGCGGCUUCUGCUUCCCCGGCCACGGCUCUGCUGUGCAGGAGACCAAAGCUUGCCACAGCCCCUCCUGCCAUGCAGGGGAACGAGCUGCUGCCUCUCACACUGGGAUAUGCAGCACAGGCAGUGCCGGGGCGAUCCCCAGCCCCAACGAUGGCCACUUCAAAAUCAUAUGCUCCCCUUCACAAGAGAAGACGCCCAUGGUGUGACUGUGGGGAGCGCUCCUGAACGGGGCCGGAAAGGAGGGCUGCUCCCCGUGCUGCUGGACCACAGCUGCUUCACCCUCUGCCUCCAGCACCCAUUUCCACCAGGAUGGGCGGACAAAGCACAGCUUCUGCACAAGGGCUGUAGGCCACAGACUGUUCUCUUCCACUCACCCGAAUUCCCGGUUAGCAGUGACUCCAUCCUUCUGCCCGACCUCUGUGCAUCCCGGUCAGGGGCUGCUCAUCCCAGCUCCUCCAUCAGCACCACUUUGCCUCCGCCGAAGGAAUCGAUGCGCAGCCGUUGCCGCUGCCACACUCUCAUCUUCCACCUUUAACUGAGCUUUUGUUCACAUGCAAGAACAGAGGAGCUGUGCUGGGCACUGCUGGAAUGGGGUUCUGAUAUGAAAAGCCAUCCCAGGCUGAGAAGUUUCUGAAGUGCUCUGAGUUUUGGUCUGCUGCUGGUGGGGCUGCCUGACAGAGCUGGGAACGGUGAUGCUCAAAAGCUGCUAUGGAAAACGGCGGGUUCAGUGCAUGUAACUAAGUUCUCACUAAAGGGGGGUGUGGGGCUUUUGCUUGGUGAGGAACGACUCUCAAGAGGAGAUUCAAGGCCUUGAGUUUCUUAGACCAGAACUUGAGACUUGAAAGAAUACAUGGGAGUGUCAUCAGAUGCACGAAUUGGUGAUGGGAAA